AGACCCAACACUGUGUAUAUAUAUAGACAGAGACAGAGAGAGAGCAUCGGCAUUCCAACACAAUUGCCUUCGCAAAUUACGAACUCUUUCUCUGUGCAUCUUUUCUUCCUAUCAUUUAUAUUUGGCAAAACACAAAACGGAGAAAUGGCAAAAUCCGCGGAGGAGCAAUACCAAGUGAAGGCUUUUGGAUGGGCAGCCAGGGAUCCAUCUGGAGUCCUCUCUCCCUUCAAUUUCUCCAGAAGGGCCGUUGGAGAGAAAGACGUGAAGUUCAAGGUUUUGUACUGUGGGAUUUGUCACUCAGACCUUCACAAUAUCAAGAAUGAAUGGGGCAGGACCAUCUAUCCUUGUCUCCCUGGGCACGAGAUUGUAGGGGUAGUGACAGAGGUGGGUAGCAAGGUCCAAAAAUUCAAAGUUGAUGAUAGAGUUGGGGUGGGUUGCAUGGUUGGAUCAUGUCACUCUUGUGAUAGCUGCGCUGACCACCUCGAAAACUAUUGUCCUAAGAUGAAACUCACUUACAACUCUAUCUUUUAUGAUGGAAACCCCUCGUUUGGCGGUUUCUCCAACAUUAUGGUGGCCACCGAGCAUUUUGUCAUCCGUAUUCCAGACAACUUACCUCUCGAUGCUUCUGCCCCUUUGCUUUGUGCCGGGAUCACUACUUAUAGCCCACUCAAACACUUUGGACUCGAUAAGCCUGGAUUGCAUGUGGGUGUGGUUGGCCUUGGUGGGCUGGGCCAUAUGGCUGUGAAAUUUGCCAAGGCCUUGGGGGUUAAAGUGACGGUGAUAAGUACCUCCCCUACCAAGAAACGGGAAGCAAUCGAACAUCUUGGUGCCGAUUCAUUUUUGGUUAGCCAUGAACAAGAUGCGAUGCAGGCUGCUAUGGACACAAUGGAUGGCAUAAUUGAUACAGUCUCUGCUCCUCACCCUCUUCUACCAUUGAUUUGCUUAUUGAAGUCUCAAGGAAAGUUGGUAAUGGUCGGUGCUCCAGAUAAGCCACUUGAGAUUCCCGUCUUUCCUCUUCUUAGGGGAAGGAAGAUUCUGGCUGGGAGUAUCAUUGGGGGCAUAAAAGAGACACAAGAAAUGUUUGAUUUUGCAGCAAAACACAACAUAAGAGCAGAUAUUGAAGUGAUUCCAAUGGAAUAUGUAAACACUGCAAUGGAGCGCCUUCAGAAAGCUGAUGUUAGAUAUCGCUUUGUUAUAGACAUAGGCAACACGCUAGAAGCGGCCUAGUCUAAUCUGUGUCUUUGUGUGCCACUCUUUGUUGGACCAAGAAUCAUGUUUCUUUGUCCCUAAGGAUAAGUCGAGUAGUUGAGUAAGUAAUAUAUCGGUAUCAGCUCGGUAGGUCAUGAGUUCAGUUCUUGCCUUGCACAGUGAAAUAAAGUCUCACAUCUGCGAUGCGAUUUAUCUCCCCUGAUAUAAUCGAAGACAAGAGCAAGAGCCGCGCAAGGAUAGUUAUCCUAAAAAUAAUGCUUCUUUUGUCUUAUUGGCAUUGAUGUCUAUCUAUUUUCAUGUAUUUGGCAUCCCAUUUAAAUCUUAUUUUGAAUAAACAAUAGUAAUAAUCUCCUUUGGGUUAAAUUUUUGUAGUUAA